AUGCGCUCGAUUGAGUUGAUCUUGCUGAUUACCUUUAUAGGCGAACCGAGUCCUUUGUCGUCUCCGUUGAGUCCCCUCUCCGAAUCGCCCGAGUCGUCGGAGGAGUCAGGCUUUUGCACCCUUUCCCUACAAACAGACCAGCCCUUGCGGAGCUCGGUAGAUAGUGUUUCGUCGGGAUAUGACCCUCUCGCUAGAUCUCCGUUGUUCGAGAGCGAGCAUGGACUCGGCCCAACCGGUCUCGAUCGUAUACGACACCAGCCUUCGCGGGUACUGACACUUCCCAAUCUGUCAACUUCGUCGUUGGCUCCGAUGAGCUCCGUCUCACGUCCUUCCCCGUCACCACGCUCAAGUUCUUCAUCCCGUGCGCAUGCCGGCCGCAUGUCGAUGAGCCAGGCUUUUGGUGACUUGGAGGACCUGCAUCGGUUCCCCCUGGAAUCAUUACACUCUUUUUCAUUCGCGCAACAAUCGGAAGAGCUGCUACACAGCCGACAAAAUAUUCUCAAGCGAUCGAUUGAUUUCAUGCGCGAUCGCAUGGGAUGGGCCGCCAGCAACCCGGGACUCGCCAAUGCCCAGGCGAAUGCGAUGGGUGACUCGGACAUGCAGAGCAUGAUGGAUCUUUUGACGCGAGCCAAUGUUCUCGAGGAAGAGCAAGCCCAUAUGCGCGCCCCUCUGACCGGACCUGCCGAUGGCCUUCUCGGACCAUGGAUCCCCCCAAGCAGCUCUCGGGAUAUGUCCUCCCCGGAUUUCCCGCCCCCAGGAUACCAGGCCACAUCCGACAGCUCGCAAAUGCUGAGUCCCACCCCCAGCGACCGCAUCGCACAAUCCAGAAAGGACCUGAUAUCGGCUCCGACGUCCCGGCGCGUAAGCUUAAAACGUACAUACACGGACCUCAACUCUGUCUCCCUCAAAAGCAAGCUGAUGGAGACUCUAGCGCAACCAUAUGCAUCUGCCGAUCCCUUUGGCUCGCUGAGUUCCUCGACCGCUGGAUUGGGAUUUCCGAUGCCAGCCCUACACACCCACAGCAGCAAGUGGACCCCCGUCUCCCAGGCCGUUUUUCGGACAGAAGCCCAGGCGCCAUGGACCAUUUUGGCCGCGAACGACCUCUCAUGUCUUGUAUUUGGAGUCACCCAGUCCGAGGUUCGUCGGCUCAGCAUCCUAGAGGUCGUACAAAAGGAUCACAGGAAGUGGCUCGAGGCCAAGCUUCGGGACCCCAGCACUGAUGCCGCAGCCCGCGCGCCACUGCAGCCCGAGAGACCGAACAUUCGGGCCGUCAACCCAAAGUAUCGGGGUCUUGGAAAUGGGGUGACUGCGCAACUGCUCAGUAAACCAUCAUCUCGUGAGAAGUCCCGCAGAGCACAGACCGAUGAUGGAUAUGGGUCGAGCACGAGAAAUCCUCGCAACCCCAACCAUCCGGCUAACAAGUCGCGGGGGGUUCUGUUAUGCGGCGAUGUUGUUCCAAUCCAGAAGCGGAAUGGCACCAAAGGGUCAGCCAGCGUUUGGGUGAUGGAGAAGCGUGGCGGCCUCAUCUGGGUCCUCGAGGAGAUCACAGAGAACUUUGCAUCUGUUCAUUGCGACGAAUCCUGGAAUGUUGUGGCCGCCGACGGAGACGUGGACAAGAUCUGGGGCCCCCAUGUAAUCCGAUCGGGCCAAUCCAUCACUGAGAUCCUGCCUCGCCUGCCGACCGACUGCCUUCAAAUAUCGCCGGAGAAGGGGCUAGCCAAGAUCACCGAUUUGAAGCAUUUUGCUGCUCUCACCGCAGCCGGCGUGUGUAUCCCGGUCACCGUGGGCAAGUCUGAAGAAAGUCGUACUUUGCAAGUGUCGAGCUUCCCGCACGUCGCGGGAAUGAUGGUGCUGUCGUCUGCGUCUUUGAAUGUGAUCAGCUCCAAUUCCGUGUUCUCUUCAGCUCUUUUUGGCCAGGACCGCCCUGAAGGACGCCAUAUCACCGAGUUGGUGCCGGGGUUCGAUGAGAUCCUGGAUGUGUUAACCGAGGAGGACAACGUGCCAUUGGUGGAUGGGAUCGUGAUCCCUGAACACAGCUUCCGUCGCGCACGCACCUUAUCCAUUCUGCGCGAUGGCAAGGCGAAUGCCGCGUCAGUAUUCACUGAGCCGAGUGGCUUGCUGGCGAAGCACCGGGACGGCUCCACUAUUGUGGUCGACAUUCAAUUGCGGGUCGUCAAGAGCGGUACCUUUUUCAGCAAGGAGCCUGUCGAGAAAAUCGAGGAACGCUCCAGUGACUCAGAGGACAGCGACGACACGGUCGCAGUCACUGAGCUGGUGUACGCGCUGUGGAUUACUUACUCACGGCAAAUUCACGCCGCGGGGGCUGCCGCCAACCUCUCCUCCUCAUCACUGCCGACCUCCAAGCCCAACUCCCCCACUCCUCAUUCCGCCAAUGCUAAGGACGACGCCAUGGUCGGUCUGACCAACGACACCAUGGCUCCUGCACCUGCCAGCACCACUGUGGAGGUCCAGGCCCCGAGCUCCACUCUCAGCCAGCAGCUCAGCGAAGCCGCCUCUCAGCCUCUGACAGAUCGUCCCGUGCAGCCGGUGCCUGAAGUCAAACCCGCCAAUGCGAAGAAGGACAUCCCGCAAAAGCGCACCAUCAAUGAUUAUGUGAUCCUGGAAGAAAUGGGCCAGGGCGCCUACGGCCAAGUGAAGCUGGCGCGACUCAAGAAGAAUCCGAACAAGAAGAUGGUUCUCAAGUACGUGACCAAGAAGCGUAUCUUGGUGGACACCUGGACUCGAGACCGUCGCCUUGGCACUGUCCCUCUCGAGAUCCACGUCUUGGAUUUCCUUCGCCGCGAUGGGUACAAGCACCCCAACAUUGUCGAGAUGGAGGGCUUCUUUGAAGACGACAUCAACUAUUACAUCGAGAUGAUCCCCCAUGGACUCCCCGGCAUGGAUCUCUUCGACUACAUCGAGCUGAAGGCCAGCAUGGACGAGUCCGAGUCCCGCAACAUCUUCAAGCAGGUGGUGAGCGCCAUUUACCACUUGCACACCAAGGCCCUGGUGGUGCACCGCGACAUCAAGGACGAAAACGUUGUUUUGGACGGAGAAGGACGGAUCAAGUUGAUCGACUUUGGCAGCGCAGCCUACAUCAAGAAUGGUCCGUUUGAUGUCUUUGUGGGCACCAUCGAUUACGCUGCGCCUGAGGUUCUGCAGGGAAAGUCGUACCGCGGCAAGGAACAAGAUAUCUGGGCCCUGGGCAUUCUGCUUUACACCAUCGUCUACAAGGAGAACCCGUUCUACAACGUCGACGAAAUUCUCGACCAUCCCCUCCGCAUUCCCUUCAUCCCCUUCUCCGAGGAUUGCAUCGACCUGAUCCGCAAGAUGCUCGACCGCGAUGUCGACAAUCGCCUCACCAUCACCGAGGUGAUGGAGCACCCCUGGAUGACCGAUUCUUAA